AUGUCACCGAUCCCCGGCAUCAAAGGGUUUGUCACCAAUUGGCGACUGGAAGAUGAUCUGGACGCUAAUUCCGAUGCACAGGCCCUAUUGACCGAGACCGAGAAGCUGCUAGAGAGCUGGAAGCACCCCGACCCUUAUACUCCCCCGACAGCUCCCGGAGGCUCCAAGUUCGAGCGAAACCUCCCGUCGCCUGUUCUCGACCCUCCCCCACACCCUGUCAACCGACACUAA